GUGAGUGUAAACGUUUUUAUUUGUAAACUUCUUUUAGCGAACAUGCACGUCCGCUAUUUAUUUUUAAUCUGUGCGCUGGCCGUUAAUAAUGUGCACUGUGAUUGUGACCAAUAUAUCGAAUGUUUUGGGGAUUUUCUUCGAGAUUUCUUCGGAAAUAUUCAUUUUGUGCAAACUGAUAAAGUGAACGUUACCAAUUCAAAUAAAACGCUCAAUUACGAGUUCAGUGAACCAGAAGAUGCGAGUAUCGAUAAAGUUUUAUCGGAUUUAACAAGUUUAAUUAAACAAAUCGAUGGAAACAUAAAGGAAUCUGAGGUUCUCAUCCAUGACCAAAACAACACGAAAAUCGUCGUCAGGACUUUUGAAUUGGAUGAUAGCGUUAAAAACAAAGAACACAUUGACAGUGAAGAUUUGAUUUUAACCACUGAAAUUAAUUUAGCUGAAGAUAUAAGUUUUAAGGACUUAACUGUGACAACGCCUUCGGAAUCGCCGACUACAGAGGAUGCAUUUAAAGUGAUCCCGUUAGAAAGCAAAAGUGAGAAAGACAAUGAAAUAAAUGAUGACAUUGAUCAAUCCUACGAGGAAGCUGAUGAAAAGAAGUACGUCACCGACUAUCCUGAUAUAGAUUACAUAGAAAUAUACAAAGAUACAACCAAUGAGCAUGUAAGUUACCAGCCUACAGAGGCGAAUCUUUUUUCUGAAUCGAACGAACUUAGAUCAGAAAUUAAUAAACAAGAGACAGAAAUAGAGAAUCUAUUGAAUCAUUCCUUAAAUUUGGCGAACGAGGAAGCUUUGGCGGAAGUGGUCGAGAAUGUGACCAAUCAUAACAUCCAAACCAGUACAACGGAAGAUGAGAUCCUGAAGGGAAUGGCACCAUGGAUCGCCACCAUCUUCCUCAAGAACGAGACAGGCAGCCAGUUCGAUUACUACUGCGACGGAGCCCUGGUCUCGGAUAGAGCUGUUCUGACUGCGGCGAGGUGCGUCAGCAAUGCAACCGGCAGCUACUCUCCAGAGAGCUUCAUAGUAAUAUUGGGAAAGACAUCCCUACGGAUAUCUGGAAGCCAGGAGAAAAUAUUACGAGUACAAGAUGUGAAGACCCACGUAUACUUCACAAUCGCAAGCAGUGUGGCUCAAAAUGAUCUGGCUGUAUUAACAUUGGAAGAGCCUGUUUUAUUCAAUGAAGGCAUAUCUAAAGCCAACUUGGAGAAUAUGGAAAUAAACGAGGAAGAUGGAGAAUCGAGUGUUUCUGUGACCACCGCGUGGGGCCUUUCCGGUGACAUCGCUCUCAUAUAUUUCGAUAAAGAGAAAAGUAAAGCUUGCGACUCGAAUAAUAAAGUGGAAAAUACUUUUUGUGCCACUUACGGAGAUGAUGUGGCACUUUGCCCAAGCUACGGAGGCUUAUACGUGACCAAGCAAGCAAACAAAUUGUACCUAGCAGGGAUUCGAACUGGCGACCCGACGGAUCGAGGCAUUUGCUUCAUCAAGAACGUCAACUACACGUCAUUGAAGAACAACACGCAAUGGGUUUCUGAGAAUAUUGAUGUUUAAGAUUUUGUUAAGAUAGAGUUUAGUUAGUUUUAAGGUAAAAUAAAUGAUUUUAAAUCGUGUAAAAA